AUGGUAUGUCACAAUAAAGAUCUUUACGCAGAAAUUGAUGUAGUAUACCGGCGGAUGACACGUGGAAGAUGCCAACAUCUUGCACUGUCAUCGAAAGUGGCUAAAGUAAAUCGUCUUCGCUUCUUUGGUCAUAUAUUAAGGAGACCGGCAGAUCGCCUUGUUCAAAGUGUUCUGAGGAGUUUUGUGGAUAGACAGUUCAGGCAAGACGUAGUGUUUCGCAGAAUAUGGAAUAGCGACGAAUGGAUUGAUUCUGUGCAAGAUCUCGCAGAAGAUCGAGAAGGUUGGGCAGAGCUGUGUUCAAGGACGGCACACCUCGGCGAAGAUGCGGGUAAUCGCGUCAGGCGAUGA